AUGUUUGCUGACUCGGAGUUCUUCCAACAGUCUCAGAUGAAUGAUGCCUCAGAGGUUCUCCCAGUCAUCUUCGACUGUCUCCACCGAGCCUUCACCGAACCUGCCUCCGAACCUGCAGGCGGGGCAGCUGGUUCGGCAUCAGAAGGAGCUUCCAGUGUCAAAGCCACAGCUGUCAACUUCUCGACAGAUGAUUCUUUUAUUGACCCGGGCAGCAGUGCAGCCAAUCAGAAGCAGGCAGGAAGCUGGGACUGCCCGGCCUCAACAGCAGCUUGGGACCGAGCCUACCUUGCAGCUUCGGCAGACAGCUCAGCCCUGGGUGUUGGGUCUGUGCCGAACCAGACUACAGCUCCAGGGCAGAGACACGAUGUAGGCCCGGCAGCAGGCUCGGGGACAGCCUCGGGGAGUGGGGCUGCUGCUGUGUCUGCUUCUCCCCUCUCCUAUGGUGCAGUUGUUGCCAGAGGGAAGGGCGGAGCCAACACUGCUGCAGCUUCUGCCGCUGCUGCGGCUGGGAAUGCUAGGAAAUCUGGUGGGGGGUUAGGAUCAGGAAGUAGAAUAGGGGACAGUGUAGCAACAGGAGUAGGAGCAAGAGGAGCAGGAGGAGCAGGAGCAGGAGCAGGAGCAGGAGGGGAAGCAGGUGCAGCUGCAGCAGCAGAGGUGGCAGGGGAGGCGGCAGCAGCGGCGUGCAUAGCGCACGGGUUGUUUGGGCUGGAUGUGACUGAAAUUAUGCGCUGCUCUCGCUGCGGGCUGCAGUCCCGCCAGAUGCGCUACUCCUCCUUCUUCCACCACGCCAACGCCACUGCCCUUAGACUGUCCAAGCUGGGUAACCCCACGUGUCGAAUGGAUGAGCUAUUGGCGGGCAUGGAGCAGCACCACCUGCUGCCGUGCGAUGUGGAGGUGGGGGGAUGUGGGCACCCCAACGCCAUUCAACAUGUUCUGCGCCGCGCCCCACCCAUCUUCACCACUGUUCUGGGGUGGCAGAGCGACAGGGAGGAAGCGGAGGAUAUCGGCUUGACUCUAGGAGCUCUGGACGUGCAGUUGGACGUGGGAGUGGUGUACCGGGGGCUGCCGGGCCCGCAGAGGGUGCGUGUGGUGUGUGUGGUGUGCUACUACGGGCGGCACUACCACUGCUUCUCCUUCCAUGCGGACCUGGGCAAGUGGGUCAUGUUCGACGAUACCACUGUCAAGGUGGUUGGGGGCUGGGCGGAUGUGGUGAGCUCAUGCAUCAGGGGCCGCCUACAGCCGCAAGUGCUAUUCUAUGAGGCAUGCUAG